CGGCGGACAGCGCCGCGAAGCGCCGUCUCCUCUCGCUCGCUCGCUCGCCCCGGGCGGAAUACGAAUGAGAGAGGAAGCCGCUCGCUCACUCACUCGCUCGCUCGCUCCUUCCGGCAUUCAUUCAUUCGUUCGUCCGCACGGCCGAGGCCGAGGGAGCCAGCCUCGCCCAUUGACCGCUGGUCCGGACGGAACUCUCUCCCAGAACGAGGUCCUUGACGAACGCCCGGUGACCACCCGUCGUAGUCAUGCCAGCCCAAUGCCGCCACCAGCUGCUGCUGCUGCCCCUGCUGCUUCUGCUGCUACGAUCGUCCACUUUCACCGACGCCCUCGCCCGACCCGCGACCUCCUCUCGUCAUUUUGCCGACGACGUUUCCCCCGCGGUCGCCGUCGACGCCACGGUGGGAGGCGGCGGUGGCGGUGACGCCGCCCCGGCGUCCACCGGUCACCGCCGUCCCAUCGUCAACGCCGGCGCCGGCAGAGAUGACGAUGCUGCUGCUCCCGCCGCUGUCGAAGAGGUAGCGUCGGACACGAGCGCGCAUCACCUCGUCGCUCCGGACGAUCGCCGCGCUGCUGCGACCGGGCGACUGUCGGCGAUGCCCAACAACUCCGCUUCCGCCUCCCAACGUUUGGCGACGGACGCCACUGCUGCCGAUGUUUUUGCGGGCGGCCACGGCGGCGGCGGCGGUGCUGAUGUUGGCGGCGGCAGCGGCACCGGUGAUGCUGGGACGGCCCCGGGGAAGGACGGCAGGGAGGCGGUGCCGCGCCCCGCGGGGCUGUGGCGGCCCACGGUCGCGCAGUCGCGUACCGCCCGCUCGGCCGACUGGCGAUUGCCCGGUAUGGAUUACCACAGCUCCUGGCUGCCUCAGUCACCGACCACCACCACGACCACCACGACCACGGCCUCGACAACAACCACCACCGCCGCCGCCAAGACCGCGACGCUCAAAUAUUGGGGCUCCACGCAGCCGCCGCGGCGGUGGGCCGACGGCUCCAAGGUCGACGGGGUCGCGGCCGGGUCACCGCCUUCAGAGCAGAGGUCAACCGGAGCGCUGGGCCCGGACGCGGGAAAUGUCACCGCCGCUGUAGCUGAGGGGUCGGCUGCUCCGGGACGAGGAAGAGCAGCCGGCACCGGUCGCCCCUCCACCGAACCCCACCUCCACCACGAGGAGUCCCCGAGCACGGCGCUCGGCCGUCGGGGGCCCCUCAUCCCGGACGAGCGCCCCUCCGACGACGCCGACGACGACGCGGUGGCGCAACCUCCCGCCGGCGCUGACCCGGGUUCCCGGCGCCGGGCGCACCGCCGGCACGGCUUGCUGGGCGCCGCCUGGGCCGUGCACGUGUACGGCUGCGGCGCUCUUUUCCUCCUGCUGGCGCUGGCCUCCGCCGCCGUGGCCGUGGUGGCCGGCAUAGGCCGGACCGCUGAAACCGCCGCCUCCGCCGUCGCCGCCACCGGCGGCCGGGAGGAGCCGCCGCCGCCAGACCGCGCUUCGCCGCUCUUCGCGUCCAAGUCGGCGGCGCCGACCUCGGCGCUCGCCGGAGGGUGGCUGCUGUGCGCCGCGGGGACGGCGCGGGCCCUGCUGCUGCUGCUCGCCGGCGCCUACAACGCAGACGGGGGGCUGGGCGCCGGCGCCGCCCGCCUGCUCUACGACGUGCCCUUCCCGUGCCUCACCGCCGCCCACGCUGCCGCCCUGGCCUCGCUCGCCAAGGCGGCCGAGCCGCGGCUGCCAGCCGCCCGCGAGCGCCGGCUGCUGGCGGCGCUGGCGGCCGCGGUGGCGCUGCAUUUCCUGCUGGCGCUUGGCGGGAGCCUGGCGGCGGGGUUGGCGGGCCCUGGCUCGCCCGCCUCCCUGGCCGCCCCCUCGGUGGCGCUCGUCUACUUCUGCGCGUUCGGGGCGGCGCUGCUGGCGCUCGCCGUCGUCGGCACGUGCGGCGGCACCGACCCCGUCGUCUUGGCCGAGAAAGGCCACCUCGUAUUCUCACCCGCGUCCGCGCCGGCCGCCACCCCCUCGCCGUCGUCGUCGUCAGCAAGGUCGCGGGCGGCCGUGGCCGCCGGCGCUCUGGUGGCGGCGUGCGGCGUGGCGCAGGCGAGCGGCGUGGCUCUGGGCUUUGUUGGCGACUUCGAGGUCGAGUCUCCCGCGGGCCGUGCGCCGGCGUGGUGGUCCUUCCACUUCUGCGCCCGCGUCCUGGAGCUCGCCGCUUGCCUCGCGCUCUGCCUCACCGCCGCCGCCGCCGUGCCCUUUCGCCGGCGCAAGCCUCACGCCGGUGCCGAUGACGUCGAGGAGCUGCGGCGGCGGCAGCCGGUGGCGGCGGGGCUGGCGGUGCCGCUGGCUCGAUGCGACGAGGCCCUGGAGCCCGGCAAAGGUGACGGCGGUUGCUGGGGGAAACUAUCGCGGCUCCUGUGCGGUCUCGGCGCUGGCGACAGCAUCGACGCUGCCGCCGUCACUGCCGGCGCCAGUGGCGGCAUCGGCGAUGGGCGACGCGAGCCACAGACCGGAACCGGCGCCGGCCGGACGGACGUGGGUCGGCCCCGCGGGACGCCAGAUGGCCUCGAAUCGGGCGUCACGGCACCGUUUGCAUCGUCUUGCACCGCCACCGACGCUGGCGACGACGACAAUGACGCCGAUGGCGGGAAAAGAUCGAAGAGGAAGGGCGACAGCGACCCAGGAGUGGACGACAGCGACGAUAGCAGCUACGACGAAGAUGACGACGAGGUGUGCGACGGCAGCAGGCGCGGGAAGGCCGCCGGCGGGCGCCGGCGCCGGAACCGCAAGCACUCUGGCAGCGGCCACUCACUGGGCUCUUCGCUGCUGCUGCUCCACCCGUUCACGAUGUCCGACUUGGACCUGCGGCCGCCGUCGCCCAUCGAGCUGUGGCGCAGCAUCGAUGACGCGCUGCUGGAGCGCGCCGUCAUCACCGAGAGCCUCUUUCGCCGCUCGCACAGCGCCGGCAACCUGUCGACGAUGGGCGACGCGGAGGGGACGGCCGCCGGCGCCUCCGUCGGCGGCCCCGAGAGGCCCGGCCGCCUGCAACGGCUGUUCCGCGGGUCGGCGCUCAGCCUGCGCAAGAGCUCCAGCCGCCUGGCGAUGGCGUCGUCCAGCUUCGGCAGCAGCGUGAGCCGGGCCCCGAGUCUGGUGAUGCAGUCGCCACUCGGUAGCACCGGUGUCGGCGGGUGGUCCAGGAGGGACGCGUCCUUCGCGUCGCUCAUGAGCCUCGGUUUGGGGUGGUCGAAGUGCAGGCCCAGGGACUUGGCGCCGGUCCCGGUGGUGGGGGAGAGGGCUCUCGACCUCGGCUCGAAGCACGCGGUCCACGACGGCGACGCCGAUGACGCGGCGAGCGUCGGGCGCAGGGCACCGUCGGUGAACAUCAACCAGGAGUUCAACCAUAUCUGCAAGCAGAUCAACCACCUGAGUAUGAGCAGCGACACCAUCGACGUGUAGACGCCGCCGCGCCGUGGCCGGGCCCGUGCUGCGUCCGCUGCUGGUUUUGACGGCCGCGUGCUCGUCCCGUGAAAAGCGUCGGAAUUUGCUACGAAUUAAAUUCAGGGCGUUCACGUCAUCUUUGUCGUCAUCGACGUCAUCAUCGGCCACGAUUCAUCCUCCGCUGGACUGGAUGAAGUUGGCCUCCCCCAAGGCGACCGCCAUCUCCGGCGACCUGGCGAGGGAUCACUCCACGUAGUUCCUUGCACUCGGGCCGAUCACCUCCGAUUGUUCCAAUUUCACCACUCCCAUCGUCGCUCCGUCUCCACGGUGGGCCCGCGUCCCCUCGAGUGCAUCCCCCCUCCUCUGACUGCUUCUGCGUCUCCAGCCUCUCUCGCCGGAGGUCGACAAGAGAUGUCACAAAAGUGACGACGCCUCCACGUCUAAUAAUCCCUCCUCCUCCUCCUUGCAGUGUGUCCUGACAGUAUUUAUUCGUAUGUACGGUGCAGCCGGUUGGCAUGGUCUCGCUCCUGUCAGUCAUGGGGGUUGUUUGACCAUACUUCACCGCUUACGACCGGUGUCGAGGAGGGGAAGAUGAGGCCCAGAACACGGAGCAGCGUGCUAACCGAUGCGCCGCCAUUCUAGAGCUCCCUCUCCUGCAGGCCCCUUCCGACAGCAAGGGGCAUGGGUGGGACAUUGCGGGGUUGUGCCUGUACCUUGUUAUAAUGUAUAAUUUAAACAUGGACUUAUAAAGUUUAACAACUGUCAAAUAAUUUCAUCCACCCCUCCCCCAAGUCAGUAGUGACCUCCUGACACAACGUUGUUAAUUUAAGACUUGAAGUCAUCCUACUGUAUAUUGCAAUAAACAGCGAUAUCAUU